AUGCCACUCGUCAAAGGUAAAGAAGUCCAAGUGAGACACACUCGAGACGCUAUCCACAUCACCAUUAAUGUUGGAGAUAGCUCAUCAUCAGAUGAGAAACAACAAGUUGAUUCCACCACUCAAUCCAUUGUUUCAAAAUUCAAACAAGUCAUUGGAAAGGAAGAAGAAAAGCAAUUGUCAGAAAAGUUCUUGCGUUUGGCAAGCAGAGUCAAAGCUAUUCACGAUGCCAUUCCAGAAUCCAGUCAAGAUGCCAUCAUCAUGAAACAAGAAUUAUUAGCCAUUGUGAAGGAAUUCACAGUAAGAGCUGAACAUCCAGGUGCUGAUUUAUUGAAGAGUACUUUGCAAGAUAUUUCCAAAUAUGGAGACAAGCAAAAACAAGCUGAUGAUAACUCUGGAACUCAAACAUUGUGGAUCGGAGCAGCUCUCAAGAUUGCAAAUGGAGUUAUGAAUUUUGCUGAUGGAAUUGGUACUUAUUCUGAUAAGAUUUCCAAAGUCUCCAAGUUCCUUAGCGGACCAGUUGCUGACAAGUUGGACAAGUGGGGACUCAAAGGAAUGGGAUCCUUCGCCAGAAACACUGGUAACACUGUCAAUACAUUUGCCACACAAAAGUUAAAGCCAUUCGAAGAUAAAGUUGCCAAGAAGAUUGCUCCAAUUGUCAAGUCCAAGGGCUUCCAAGCUGUCAAGAGAACUUUGAACGUUGUUACUGGUGCCAUGAGUAUUCACAACGGUUUGAAGAAUUUGGGAAUGCUCAGAAAGGUCAAGUUGCCAACUUCAUUCAAGGCACUCAAGAGAUCUUUGAAGAAGGCUACUUCUGCUCUCAAGAAUAGAAAGGCCAUUAUGAAUGUGAUUAGAAAGAGUCCAGCUAAGGCUAUCAAGAACUUUAAGAAGUUGAGUCUUUAUCAAAAGUAUAAGACUGUCAAGUCAUUCAAGGGUGGAUUUGGAAGUAUCAAGAAGGGUCUUUUAGGAAAUAAGCAAGCCAAGGGUAAAUCUCAAAGAUCCGCAAGAAGUGCAAGAAACACUGGUAGAUCAAGUGGACGAACCACCUCUGGACGUAGAUCAUCCUCUUCUGGAAGAUCCUCAGGUAGAAGCUCUGGUUCUAGAUCAUCAAGUGGUAGAUCGACAAGAUCCUCUGGCUCCAGAUCAUCAGGAAGAUCUUCUGGUAGAAGUUCUGGCUCCAGAUCAUCAGGAAGAUCCUCUGGUGGUCGAAGAAGAUAA